UGCAGUAUUGGACGCAAACAACAUCCUGAUAACAUGAACUUGCAAGGCAAAGUGGUGAUAGUGACAGGGGCUGGCUCAGGAACCGGUGCGAACACUGCAGAGUUCUUUUGUAAAGAAGGUGCGAACGUUGUACUUGUGGACGUAAACGAGACUAAUUUGAAAAACAUCUCCGUGAAAUGCUCAAACGCUGGUGGUAAACACAUCCUCAUUGUAGCCGAUGUGGCUAAAGACGAAGACGCUGAAAGAAUAAUUGGAGACACGAUUAAAGACUUUGGAAAACUAGACGUCCUAGUCAACAACGCCGCUGUCGGACGAUAUGGUAGCAUUCUGGACGGAACCUUCAUGCAGUCUUUCGAUAAUGCUGUUGAUAUCAACCUCCGUGCUGUGCUAAAUCUCACGUGUUUGGCCGCACCACAUCUAGUUAAGACUAAAGGAAACGUAGUGAAUAUUGCUAGUGUAUCAGGAAUUGAUCUUAUAAAGAGUAUUUCUGGAGUCCUUGGAGCAUACAGCGUGCUAAAAGCGGCAGUCAUUCAUUUCGCAAAAAUAGCUGCAGCUGAACUAGGGUCCAAAGGAAUUCGAGUGAACGCUGUUUCCCCCGGUCCAGUUCGUACUAAUUUAAUAAAUAACAGUGCAGCACCUUUCUCCCUCGAUCAGUUGAAGGAGGACACUUUAUUGAACAGGAUAUCCGAACCCGAUGAAAUCGCUGAUCUGGUCCUGUAUUUAGCUAGUGACAAAGCUAAAGGUAUCACCGGUUCGAACUAUGUGGUCGACAAUGGAAAUCUUUUGAUGUAGAG